AUGAACGCCUUCCGGUGCUUGAGGGUCGUCGCGCGCCCUGCAACCAGCGCAUCUACACUCCUCAGACCACGCAUAGCACCAACAUACCAAACAUCUACACCCUCAUCAACCCGCCAAAUAUCUCUCCUCACACCCCGGCGUCCCAUACUGCCCCGCACAAACACCCUGCCAGCAGCCGGCAGCACAUCUUUCGUACCCUCAUCUUCCGAGACACUAGACCUCGCCUCGAAAAUCUCCUCACAUCCUGGUCUGGGCAGCACACAGAUCCGAUGCGGUCCGCGCGAUACAUACAACCCAAGUCAUCUGGUGCGGAAGAGGAGACAUGGAUUCCUGAGCAGGAUUAGGACGAAGAAGGGGAGGAAGAUGAUCAUGAGGAGGUUGAAGAAGGGAAGGUGGAAUAUCAGUCAUUAA